GACUUUAUUGAAUUGUCACAGUACCAUCGCAUGCCGAAAUUGUGGAAGCUGGACGAUUACGACGACUGCCUGCAAUCUCCCGGACCGGAGGAACCGCCCGGCGUGUAUUGUGCAAACACGGUUGUCAUACGGCCCGACAACCGUUCGGAACUGUGGAGGUUGAUUGAGGAAUUUUCCAACGAUCACAAACGCAACUUCAACCAUGCGGUUUUAAAGAGAGGCGUUUGCAUUCAACGAUGUCAAAAAACCGUCGAAAGUCUUUCGCCGGCGGUGAGGAAUGCGCUUUUGGUGGAUAAGUUUGCGAUAAACCGGACGUACAAAUUUGAUGAAACCAUCUUCGAAAAUUCAGCCGCCGAUCGAGCCAUGUACGAGGACAUGGUGGAGAUUUGCAUCAACAAGGAGCUGAACGAUACGUACGGUUUGAUGGCGUACACUGAGGUGCAGUCUUGUGAUAAGUCGUCGAUGGAAAUGAACAUAGAUACUCUGGAUCAGUCGUUCCUGAUCAUUCUCUGCUUGCUGAUCAGUUUUGUCAUCUUAUCCUCGUGGUACGACAGUUCCAUCAACUACAAACGGAUUCCGGAUCACUACAAACACUCGUUGGACAGUAAACGAAAAAUGGUCUGGGUAGCGUUCUCCCUUCAGCGCAACUGGUAUCGCCUCACGUCGCGCUCGUCGAACGAAAUGAACAAAACGCUUCGCUUUUUUCAAGCCUUUCGGUUCCUCACGAUGACGUUGGUCAUCUUUGGCCACGCGGUCCUUCUGCUGACCGUCAGCCCAACGACGCACCCGGAGAAAAUGGAGAAGCUGAUGCAUGACGUCGGCAGCAUGAUUCUCACGAACGGUACCCAAAUUACGCAAACCUUCCUGGCGAUGAGCGGAACGCUGCUGGCGAUACAGUUUUUGAAUUUUUCCGAGCAGCGAAAAGGACGCGUCGGCUACCUUUACAUGGUGAUAGCCAUCGUGAUCCGAUGGGUGAGGUGA